AAAAUACGAUAAGCCAAAGGAGCUGUGGAGAGAAUGCCCUACACACCUUAUACGCUACAGCCUAUUCUUCUCUCUGCGAGUCUAGAGGAACCUUUCGGGCCUCAGCCCAACAUUCCCAGCACCUCUCCACCCUCUUCUUUUUUCGGACGACGGACGACAUCCCCGCCUCUGGAUGGCUCACCAGCUCAACCUUCACGCAUCAACACACUCCUGACAGGGCACAAUAUACCAUCGCCUGCUUGGAAUAGUUCAUUGUCUAUUGAUGCGGUCGAGGCUUGGGAUACCGACCUCUAUCUUGGCACAUCCGAUGGUCAUGUUCUCCAUUACACACUUGAGGCAAAGGGAAGACUUGAUCAGGCGGAUGUCCCUUACGCGUCGAGACUAGAACGUAAAAUUAACCUUGGCUUUGGUAAAAAAUCGGUUGAGCGUAUUCUUGUUCUUCCCCAAGUCUCCAAGGCCGUUGUUUUGUGCGAUUCUAUUCUAUCUUUUUAUACCCUACCUUUCUUUGACCCUAUUCCCGUCUCACUUAUACCACACAUAAAGGGUGUGUCCUGCUUCUCACACGAUGCAGCUGAGGAGGGUCGUAUUGGAGAAGAUGGCACUAUAGAACUGUGUGUGGUUAAGAGACGAGUUGUACAAGUACUAAAAAUUGGUGAACAUGCCCAUCUAAGAAAGGAACUUCCUCUACCUGAUGGUGCAAUAAUGAUUACCCGCUACAACAGAAAUCUCUGUCUAGCUGAUGCACAAAACUACAAGAUGAUCAAUCUUGAGCAAUCCUCAGCCAUUACAUUGUGUAAUACACCCAAAAUUGCCGUCUCGCCUUCAGGCUCUACAUACCUUGGAUCACACAAUCCCGUGUCGAGACCUGUAGCGACGGUUGUGAAAGAAGACGAAUUCCUGGUAGUGAGCGAUAUUCCACCAUAUAUUGCAGCUCUUUUACGCAAUCACACUAUUGAGAUCCACAAUUUCUUGGACCAACAACGCCUCCAGGUUAUCACACUUGACCCUUCAUUUGAACCACGUGGAAUUUCCCUUGGCCAUGGUAUCAGUGUAUGGAUGGAAGAUCUAGCAGUAAGAUUAAGAAAAUGUGCUUGGCCGAAGGAAAAUGAUACUGGUAACUCGGAAACAGAUACAGAUUCAGAGCUGGAAAAUAAGCUCGGUAGAGAAGUAGCGCGCUAUUCAACAGUUCCGGCACGAAUCUUGGUGUAUGGACGAGAUUCAGUAAUGGCUCAGCUAGCUACACCUUUGGUGAUUCAGGUUGAUCAACUGUUGGACACAAAUCGUAUAGAAGAAGCCAUGGAAAUGGCAGAUCAGGCACGAAAUGCUAUGUCUGUUGAUAAUAGUGUGUAUGGAGAAAGACUGCAAAGCGAAUUAGAUUAUAUUUUCCAGAAAUCAGGACUGCUUCUGUUAAAAGAAACUGUAUUUGAAGAUGCAUUUCAACUUUUGUCAAAGGGAAACCUUGAUCCACGUGUUCUCCUUAGUCGAUUUCAAGAAUUUUUCCAGCCUCAAUGGCUUCACGUGUCACCUCGGAUUGUACUUUUUGAGGGAGUUUUGGAAAUAUUAAACAGGCUUGGAUCAAUUGAAGAUAUUGUGGCCUCUAACAUUGAAAAAAACUAUGGUAAACAGGAAGAAGAGAGCCAAAAACGAAGUCCGAUUAUGGACUUAAGUUGUGUCUUGCUUAAUAAUGCGAGAGAUGCACUCCAAAAGUAUUUGGAAAUGGAACGCAGAAAGCUACAGGGAAACACGAGAAAAGAGGAUUCAAUUCUGGAGGUUAUCGAUACUGCACUUUUAAAAGUCUAUGUCAUAAAAGAGGAUGAAAAGUCGAUUCACGGGCUUCUGAAGCAACCUAAUAUGUGUAAUCCAAAGCUUUGUGCAGAAACCCUUCUUAAAUCCAAGAGAUAUUAUGCACUUUCUAUUUUGUAUGAAUCCAAACGUAUGUACGAAAGAGUACUAGAUACAUGGUCGAAAAUACACACAGGAGAAUUUCCUGCCCCUUCUGUCGCAGACAGCUUAGGACGGAUCAAAAAGAUGCUGCUUCAAGAUAUCAACAUAGACGAACUGCCACUUUCUGUUGUCAUGGAGUAUACCUGGUGGCUCACAGAACAAAGUCCUGUGGAUGGUGUAGAAGUGUUUAUACGCUCUCCGCGUACAGCUGACAUGGAUCCCGAUGAGAUUCUUAGGCGCUUGGAGAAGUAUGGAAAUGAGGUUGUACGAACUUAUUUAGAGUACAUAGUCCUAGAACGAAAAAGCGACUGUGCAGAAUACCACACUAGACUUGCUUGUAGCUAUGUGCAUGAUGUCCAAAAAGAAAUUCGAGCAGACCAUAUGCACCAAUUAGAAGAACUAGUGAAGCUAUACCAGCAAUCUAUAAAAACCAAAGAGAUAAAAAAAGCUAGUGAUACUGAGGAUCUUUCAAAACCGCCUAUCCAGUCUACUUUUGUGGGGUUCCUUUCCCACCAAAAACAAACAAAUUUGGUAAAAGCACGGCUGUCAUUGAUCAAACUAUUGCAGUGUUCCCCACUCUAUUCUGCUGAAACACUACUGGAAGCACUCUCAAAAGAUGGUCCUUUGGAUAUUGAAAAGGUGAUCGUUUAUGGGCGUAUGAGAAUGCACACAGAGUCAUUGCAUAUAUUGAUUCAUGACCUUGGUGAUUUUAUGGGUGCAGAAACCUAUUGUGUGACUAAUGGACAUAGUGCUGGAGCAAUCUCAGAUAAUUUAAAUACUCCUUCAAAACAUUCUAUUCCUGUACGAACGUCCUCUCUAGCUGCACCGGUAGCCCAGAAAGACAAAAAACCAUUACCAAAAGAACGAGACGAGAAAAACGUUGGUAGAAAAGGCAUUGAGCAGAAAAAGCUUUCUGGCAGUGAGUUGGAGGAACGUAAAAAUCUUUUUUCGAUGCUUUUAAAAACAUACCUGACCAUUCAAAAUAAAGAUACGAUGCUGGCUCGUACAAUGCAUCUAUUAAACACUCAGGGUUUUUAUUUGGAUACACUUGAGGUACUGUCAUCUCUUCCGGAAGAUUUGCCAAUCCAGAUCCUCCAGGGUUAUCUGACAAGAUCGUUGCGUCGAUCCCUACAUGCAUAUAGACAGAGCAAUAUUGUUCUGGGAUUAAGUCGAGGCGAAAACGUGAUGGUUGGAAGUGAGUUGAUCGAAACAUACAAAGAUAUUGGUCCUGUCUAUGUGGAUAGGCAAUCUGUGUGUAAAAAGUGUGAGAUAUAUUUAGGAAACGGAACUAUUGUACGCAGCAGUGGAGGUGGAUUCCCGUUGCAUUUGCAUUGUGCCCAAAUGAUGGGAAUUAUUAAUUACGAAGACGAUGAAGAAAUAUAUGAAGUCGAAUAAUAAGCGCAAAAAAGGUCGAUAUUAGCAGUAUAAUAUAUAUUUAUGUGUCUAUGUAUGUACACAAAUAUUAUCUAUAAAGUACUUCAAAGUUUCAAAUGGUC